AUAAAAUGCGUGAAACGAAACGCAAAACCACCCCUGCGAGGCUAAUGACUCACUCACCCUCGGCCGAUCGCUCCCGAGCCUCCCCGAGCCCCCUCAGCCCGCGCGCUGAGUGCCGCACCGAAAACACACCAAAUUCACAAUUAUUAUGUAACACACAUAAGUUUUUUAAUAAAAAAAAUAUCAAGUGAAAUGUCUGUGACGGAACAUCGCGUUCGAUCGUUCGCGGGUGUUGUUAAAUUAGUUUUUAAAACGGACUUUAGUGAAAACAGAUAUUGAUUUUCUCGUGACAUCCCGUGAAUGCGAACUGUGUUAUUACAGUGUACAUAUACGUAUAUAUGUAGUGUAAUUUAUUUAUAUGAUCAAACAGUUAUGAUAAGAUUAAAAAGCAACCAACAGACGCCGAAAUGAGGCUCUGACCGCCAUCAUGGAGACCACGACGGAGGCCUAUCAGUAUGUGGGGCCCUUUCGUCUGGAGAAGACCCUGGGGAAGGGGCAGACAGGUCUGGUCAAGCUGGGCGUGCACUGCGUCACGGGCAAGAAGGUCGCCAUCAAGAUCAUCAACAGGGAAAAACUCAGCGAAUCCGUGCUAAUGAAAGUGGAGCGAGAAAUAGCAAUUAUGAAAUUAAUAGAACACCCGCAUGUCCUAGGAUUGUCCGACGUUUAUGAAAAUAAGAAAUACCUGUACCUGGUGUUGGAGCACGUAAGCGGAGGCGAGUUAUUCGACUACCUUGUGAAGAAAGGCCGGCUCACGCCCAAGGAGGCGCGGAGGUUCUUUAGACAAAUUAUAUCUGCGCUCGACUUCUGUCACAGCCAUUCUAUAUGCCACCGAGACCUAAAGCCCGAGAACCUAUUACUAGACGAACGGAACAACAUCAAGAUAGCGGAUUUCGGCAUGGCAUCUCUACAGCCCGCCGGUUCCAUGUUAGAAACGUCGUGUGGGAGUCCGCAUUAUGCCUGUCCUGAAGUUAUACGGGGCGAGAAAUACGAUGGCCGAAGAGCGGACGUGUGGUCGUGCGGCGUCAUCCUCUACGCGCUCCUCGUUGGCGCCCUGCCGUUUGACGAUGAUAAUCUACGACAGUUACUUGAAAAGGUGAAGCGAGGUGUGUUUCACGUGCCACAUUUCGUGCCGCCUGACUGCCAACAGCUGUUGCGAGGCAUGAUAGAAGUCAACCCUGAGAAGAGAAUGACACUUGCGGAAAUAACCCGACACGGCUGGGUGACUGCAGGAGGACGGGGUGAAUUAGAACAAGAACUGCCUAUGAUGGAGGUGGUUCAGACCAGGGUACUACCCAGUGCUGAAGCUAUAGACCCUGACGUUCUACAGGCUAUAUGCAGUUUAGGCUGUUUCAAACAACGGGACAAGUUAAUUCAGGAGCUACUCAGUUCACACCAUAACACGGAGAAAGUAAUAUACUUUCUACUGCUGGAACGUAAAAGAAGGAGACCAGCGCGAGACGACGAGCCAAGACCACAACCCGCACCGCCAGCGCCCGACCCGCCUCGCAAGCGCCUGGACACGUGCAGAGUGAACGGUCAAUCUGCACAUUUCGGUCAAAUCAGCGAGGGAUCGCCAAUCACACCCCGCCGGUCACAAUUCAGGUCGGCGUCGCGGCGCGAGGGCCGCAGCUCGCCGCAGCUGGCCGCCAGCCCGCCGACAGGCCACACGCCACACCGGGUCUCGUCUCUGGGAGGCACGCCGGCCACCCCGGGCUCACCACUAGCGUCGCCGUCGGUCCGCGAGCACCACCAUCAGAGAGCUAAUUCAACAGGACCAACGAUAAGCCUCAAUAUAAGCGGCGAACCAGGCGAAGCAGUUAUCAUUAUAAACGAAUCUCCGUUGCUAGGCAACACCGUGCCAGUUAGACCUCACAGCCCUUCGCAGUCACACAGAGUGCGGGAACGCUCGUCCUUACCCGGCCCUCCGAGCACGCAGUCGCCAGCGCAGCCGUCUCUUUUCCCCAAUUUAAAUACUAUUACAGGCGCGGCGGGCGGCAGCGGGGCGGGCGCGGGCGCGGGCGCGGGCGCGGGCGCGGGCGCGGGCGGCGCGGCGGCGCCGUGGCGCGCGCGGUUGGCUACCAUCAAGAACUCCUUCCUGGGCUCCCCGCGCUUCCACCGCCGCAAGAUGCAGGCGUCAUCAGAAGAAGUCCACUUGACCCCGGAAACAUCGCCAGAGUUAACCAAGCGCUCGUGGUUCGGGUCGCUCCUCCUAUCAGCUGAUAAGGAGGAGACCUUUACUGCGCUCGUCAAGGGGAAACCCCUGGCUACUGUCAAAGCGGACCUCAUACAUGCCUUCUUGAGUAUAGCAGAGCUGUCCCACAGCGUAUUGAGCCCCAUGUCGUUCCGGGUGGAGUACAAAAGGGGCUCCAACGCGCCCGCCAUGUUUCAGAGACACGUCCGGUUUCAGGUUGAUAUUUCAACUAUAACUAAGGCGCCGGGCGAGAACGGGAAAGAAUAUCUAUACGCUAUCACUUUCACAUUAUUGUCAGGCAAUAUCCGUCGGUUCCGUCGCGUGUGCGAGGUGGUGCAGGCCGCCGUGUGCCGCGCGCCGGGGGCAGGCCGGGCCCCGCCCCCGCACCCGCACCCGCACCCUCCCUCCCCGAGGGCUUCCAGGAGAAACAUCCCGUCACAUCCGGCAAACGAAAUCCCAGAUAGCCCGGAGACACCUCAUCAUCAAGAACACGAGGAUAACGCCUUCGACACCACCAAGAGCCCAACUAACACCAGCCACAACUCCAUAGACAACCUAGACCAGAACGGAUCCCACACGCUGGGUUCGAGCUCAUCAGUAACCAGCGGUUCAAGUGGGUACAAACAAAGUGUGCGGCGGCGGCGCGUCGACCGCGAGCCGGCGUCCGCCUCCCUCGACCACGAGAUCAUGAGCUGUCCCAGAGAGUUGCCCGGCACCCACACAAAACGCUCGUCCUCCGAGCACCGCGACUCCCUCGACUCGCGUUCGUCCCUCAAAGAUGACCUGCGCCGCAACAACAGCUUACGUGAGCGCCGCGGCGAGCGAGACUUGCCGCGCGUCGCGUGAGACACAAACUACAAACACUUAACCUUGGAAGUUACGUAUGUCUCUGGGCAAAGUCAUGCUAUGUCAGCUAAGCUGAGGUAACGUGUGGGCAAAGUUGUAGUAAUUUUGUCGCGCUCCGCGAUAGCGAGAGGUUCGUUUUUUCUGAGUCCACUAUUCGCUAUUCGAGCGUAUUCUUGUUCGCUAUUCGCCUCGCGACGUUUUUGUAAAUGCGGCACACGGCAAAGUCAUUUUAUAUUGGCAAAAUGGAGGUAGCGUGUGGGAAAAGUUAUAUUUGGGAGCAGUCUACCAGUGUACCGUACAGACACUAAUUUUGCUUAUGAGGAGUUUUUUCUAUAACAAACGAACCUAAAAAAUUCGUCUGGUUAAUAAUGCAGAAAGAACGCUAAUAAAUGAACAAUGCGUCUGUACGGGACAGGCCCGACGAAUGUUUUUGUUAUUCACAUGAGCAAAAUUGUGGUGGCAUAAUCAUACUGACAAAGGUGCGAUAGUAUGUUGGCAAAGUUUUAGUAAAUUGAUAUUCAUAUCGGCAAAUUAACGUGACGUCUUGGUGGGCAAAGUUGCCGAAUAAUUUCGGCACAAUGUUGGAAAAGUUGUAGUAAAUUUUGCUUUAAUGUCAAAGUUGUGUCCAAGAUAAAAUAUAUUGAUACAUUUGAAAUUAAAACCGUGUGUUUUUCAAAGUUUUUAGAGAUGUUUGAAUUUAAAAUUCAUCAAUGGCUAUUAUAACAUUCUCUGGUUAAUUGUUACUAUAUUUGUAACACAACAUGCGACUGUAUUGGAGUAGAUACCAUAUUGGUGUUGUAUCUUACACUGUUUGAUAGUGCACCAUAAAAUAUAACAUAAAAUAGUACACAUAUUCACAUUGCAUGUGUAUAGAUUGUACCGGUUGUACGUGUACUAUUGUAUGUCACAUUUUGUACUAUACACAUAGUAGACAAUAUUUGUCACAAUUGUAUGUGACAGAUAUAUUGUGAGGCGUCACGUUGAAAUGUAUUAAAUACCGCAAAUCAACCAGUUCCAAAUGUUUUGUACUAAAAAAUCUCGAAAGGUUUUUUAGACAAAAUAAUUCUGCGUAUUUAAAUACAAAUAAAUAAACAAAUACGCGUGUUGUUGAGGUAAUAGUUAUUGUACAGUUUCAAAUCGCUAACAAAUAUCUUUGGUGUAAAUUGCCAAAUAUUUUUUAUACUAAAUUUGCCCGUACGAGUACGCAUUUGAAAUUUAAACCUACGCAAUUCAAUUAAGUACUACAACAUAAAUCAAUACAGAGUUCGAUAUUUUGUUUUAAGUAUUUGUUUGCUAACCAAUGACGUUUUUACUUUGACAUUCAUAAGAGCGGAAUUCACGUGACAUUUUGGGUGGGCAAAGUUACGAAAUUAGUCAUAAUUGAGCAACAAUCAUGGCAUUUACACCAGAGAUAUUAGCAUCUAGUCAAAUUCGUUUUUUUACUCCAAAUACUAAAAAGUAUUAAGAUUUAGGUAAUUAGUUGGCUUAGGCUUGGUAUGGAGUGCACAAAAAUGGAAACGGAUGGACUUAUAAAUUGGCUAAUUACAGUUGACAUCGGCGUAACUAUGACCUAAGUAACUGAUGCUUACUAUACUUCUUUUUCUGCUUUUUUUUCUUGAUCUAAUGAGUGAGUAAGAGUCGGCAACGCGCAUGUGACACCCUGAAGUCGCAAAUAUUCAUAAACUGUGUUCCUAUAUAAACAGUACACGACAGUUCGAUCAGCUAUCACUAUCCAAAUCAUCCUGAUUUUCUGUCAAUUUUGUAAUAGAUUGGUUCGACAUAUUGGUGCAAUCAAACAAAAAAAAUCGUCUCAACAAAAGAAUUUAUGGGUUUUAGAACAAAAAAUAACAAUUUUAACAGUCCCAAUUUGCUUACUGGGAAUAUUAUCUCUUUAUACAAUAGUCUGCCCAAGCUAACUUUGCACGGAACAAAGUGAGGGAGUCUCAUAAUAAACGUGAUAUGUUCAUACAAAUUUGACACUAAUGACAACACACUUCGUCAUUGCAAAUGCGAUGCAGAGUUAGCUUGGUCUGACAUUAGCAAAACUGCGAAAACAUGACGAAAUUUUUGCAAGUAGGUAUCUGAUUACUCGUAGUUACGCCAAUGACGGUUAUAAGAUUUUUAAAAUUUCACAGACGCUUCCUUACAAACACCAUUUUCGAGAAAAUUCGGCGAACUUCCAAUCUUUAACCGACUCUGGAGUAGUUAUCAUGUAUAUAUUUUUUGGCGAAUCUGCUGAAUACUGUUGAAGAUUUUUGGAAAAUCAUUUUAAAUAAUAAUAUAAUUUCCUAUUAUAUUCUAACGCUUUAUUAAAUCAGUUAAAUAAAGGCCUUUUCUCUCGAUUUGGCAUAUGAAUUGGCGAUGCUAUUAAGAACAUAGGAAAUACCAAAAAUCUUCAAAUAUAGCAGUGCUUUCGGUAUCAGAGUCGGUUUUUUAAAAGGUAUUUUUAAAGCCAAAAUUCGAGUUUUUAACGCCCAAUGAGAAUUAGCGAUUUUUUUUAUAUAUUCUAUAUAUAAUAGCUGUAUCUAGUAAGCUUAAUUGAUGUACGUUAAAAGUUAUAUGCGUUGGGGCUAUAUCUUAGUUAUAAGAUCGAAACUAGGAAAAGCUGGUUUAAUUAAAAAAAUAUUUUGCCUUUAAUUCCUCAUCAUAUCGUUGUAGCUUUAUCAUUGGACUUAAAAAUUAGUUCAGUUAUUAUAUUACGUAGGUCAUUAAACGAUAGAAUUUACUAAUACUUACUAGUAGGGUAAACUCGCAUUAUUUGGUGACACGCCUAAUUCGGUGAUACAAGUUUUGAAGCAUGACACCCAGGAAAGCAAGUGAAAUGGGACCUCACGGCUUCACGGCUUCGUCGGCUUUACCGUGAGGCCCAUUUAAAAGGAGUUUACCCUACUGCCAGUAUCAAAGCAUCAAAGUUAACGUAUCAGAACUAUCAGACUAUGGAUCAAACGGUUUCCAUUCUCUAUAUAACAGCUUAACAAAAAAUUAUUAGUCUCUAUUUGUAGUACAAUUACUUACUUUGUAAUGCAAAUUGUAGAGAUACAUCACUAUUUUGAAAAGUAUUCGAGGAUGACAGAUACAGUCCGCAGCAGAAGUUGCUAAGCGGGCGAAAUGUCCAAAAUUACCUUGACACGCUCUUAUUCUCUUAACAAUAAAGUCGCGUCAAGAUCAUUUUGAACACCUGGCCCGCUUAGCAACUUCUGCUGCUGACUGUACUUUUGACCCGUUGUUUCAUCCGCUUCAGUAUUAAAACUACUACACUAACUAAACGAGUCAGUAUUACUAUAUAGGUACAUUAUCAAUUUGUAAAAACUAACGUGAGAUUUACAGUGACGUGUAAACUUAAAUCUUUUUCACAAAAUCGCUGCCAGUUCUGUGCGUUUUGAUUUGUAAAUCAUUUUACCCAAAAUGAAUUAAAUGAUUACCCAAGUAAUUUAGUCAUCAGUUAAAAUAAAAUACCAAUAUAGGCUAAUCAAGGGCCUGACGCGCUUUGAUAGAGAAAAGAUAGUCUUAUUGCGAUUCCUAUAAGAGGAAAGAGAAAAUAAUGCCAUGCUUUGUCCUUAUCACCGACCGGGUGGCAUCAUAGGUAGGAGGCGAUGGCGAAAUACCGAAAUUUAUAAGAGUGAAAGAGAAAAAAUCCUAUGCUGCCGAAAUUUUAUAUGAAUAUUCUUACUCUUACCCCCGGUCGCUCGAUGGCGCGUCUAUAACUACUUGUAUAUACUAUGUCUAUGGGGCUAAUAGUUAAAUUAAGAUGUAUCCCCAACGUGUGACAUUAUUGAAACCGCCCAUUGUAUGUUAAAUGCUAUCCGUGUACUGAAUUAUAAUUAAAAUAGGUAAGGCCUGGAGAUGUUAACUUAACGCUGUAUUUUUGCAAAGAAUGUGUUUAAACAAACCCUAUUAAAUUUUCGGACAGGACUUUUGACCGACAGUCAAAAGGUAUUAUUAUUUGUGGGCAAAGUCAUAAUUAUAUAAUUAAUAUAUCACGUUUUUAUUAUAACUUUGCCCACAAACAACUUGAAAUAAAAAUUAUGUUAAAGGAUUGAUGACGAUGUUUAUAAUGUCAUUUCUUGACAAUUGUCAUGUACAGUCACGGUCAUCACUACAUAGUAUAAAAUAAAGUCGCUUCCUGCUGUCUGUCUGUCCCUAUAUAUACUUAGAUCUUUAAAACUACGCAACGGAUUUUGAUGCUGGUUUUUUUAAAUAGUGAUUUCAAGAGGAAGGUUUAUAUGUGUAAUACAUCAGCAUUGCACCCGUGCGAAGCCGGGCGGGUCGCUAGUAAACGUAUAUAUCUAUGCCAUGGCCUUGACUGUUUAUGCUUUAAAAUUCCCAGCCUUAUUCAAACUUAAGAGCAAUACCUUUUAGCGACUGCCUUCGAUCAUCUGCCUUGUCCUACCUACUGCCAUAUUAACCAUAGGCAUUGCUUAGAUAUUCGGCAGGAAUCGAUCAAUGGUAUACCAGACACGUAUAUAUUGAUGUAUUUUCUACUUCGGGUCGUCAUAAUGUAUAAUCAAAGUGGAUUACAGUACUUAAAAUAAAAUAAACAAAAAUACAUGUUACCAUUCCGAUUUCUGCCUCCUAUGUAUAAAUAAAUUAUAUAGUGUGCACAUAACUUAGUCGAAACCGGUGUCCACAUUCAAUAUAUUUAUAAAUGCUUAUAUGUCCGGUUAUAUACUAUUACUGUAAGAUGCAGGGGCGAAACUUUCCAUAUGUAACAAAUAUGUCAAUUUAAUCUGACUUGGAGACCCUUUCAUUUGUGGUCUACCUUACAGUCAUCAUCAUAUAUAUCGGAGCGGCCUAGGUGUUCACAAAUAUCUGAACAAAGCUUUUAUUAUCACUCCAUUGUUUCUGAUGGCGACAGUAUGAUGUUUAUAUGUAUGAGUAGCAACGACAUACGUACAUACACAUAAUUCUAAAUGUCGAAAGUAUAGUCGUAUUCUAUCAUUAAAUUCUUACAAAUGAAAGGGUUAUGUAUACUGAUUUAUAUUUAGUUAAAUUAAAAGUAUUAUUUUGUUUUAUUUGUUAAAACAUAAUUUAAAGUUGUAUAAACCAUAUAUAUAGUUGAAUAUUACUGUAUUAUGAAAUAGCAGAGAGCGUUAAAUGUGUCUGUAUACGCGAAAGUCAAAUUUUAUUGUAGAUCUCAGUCAAAAUGCAAUAUACAGAAUCACGUAUUUUUAUCAUAUACAAAAAUCACCAAAACAUCACAUAACAUAACAUAAAAUACAUCUAGUCACUAAUUUAUAAAAUUUUCAUGAAGCAGUGUUCGGUCAAAAACGGCUCUUAUUUUAAAAAGAUUAUGUAACUUUGCCCGUUUGAUAUGACUUUGCCCACUUUAUUUAAAAAUAGUAAACAAUUAUACGAUAAAGCAAAUUCACUUAUUCGAAAACCAAUAAAAAAAAGUGCGUUUAUGUUAUUUCGUAAAGUUAUAAUAAUGGGCAAAGUUUCGAACCAAUCAAUAGUUUCUGGUUUUACUAAACUACAUUGUUGAUGGAACAUUGCAGUAUUGGAUGUUAAGUUACUAUACUCGUUGAUAUUUGUACAUUUAUUAUAAUUAUAUUAAUUACACUUAGUUCGUAAUUUAUUUUCAGGUGCUAGUGUAUAAUAAUGAUCUCGUUAUUUAUAAGUUUAUUAUAAGCGUUGGCAGUUAACAAGGCUACACCUACACUGAUUAACUAAGGGUUUGCAAAUUAAUUUAUCUGAAAUUAAAUAAUACAUAACCUUACCAACUUAUAACAUGAGAUGACUACGGUUUACGGGCUAGCUAAAUGUAGUAUUUAUUCAGUUCGAUGAAAUAUAAAUCAUUUUAAUUGAAAGUUGCUUUUAUCGGUCAUACAAUUUUCAAACAAAAUAAAAUUAACUCUAUUUCUUACAAUAUAGAUACAAAUUUGUCUAGCAAAUUUUAGAUUUUUCCUUUGUAUGGCUGGCAACACUCAUAACUAAUUUACUAAAUGGUCCCAAAAUGACCUAAUUUCGAAUUAAGAUCUUACACAACUCAAAUAACAGUUGCUCUUUUUAAGUUUGAGAGUCCAAAGUAGUCUUGUACCUUGUCAACUGCGAAAAACAUUUGUAUAUACAUUUAUUUAUCAUCACACAUUGCCCCUGUCAUGCAUAUAUCAUUGAUUACCUGAAGUCACAUAUCAUAUGUCAGGUAUAAUAUAUCUUUACCGCACUUAACUAUUUUCUUCCAUCUUACUUUUCCAACUAAGCCAACUAUAAGCCCUUGUUCCUCCGAUGAAUUUUAUCGUAAUGCCCAUUUGUUUGUAAUUUUUAUCGAAACAAAAUAACCUUCAGGGUAAAAACACUUAACGAUUUCACAGUACGUUAAAAUUGUAAUGAAUGUAAAAGGCAUCCUGGAUUGCUUAUUAUUAGAUAACUCAUAAGUAAGUCUAAAACAUGCACUUGUCAAUCUUCAUCGUCUGAUUCUUAUCAAACGUACAAAAAAUCUUGUACCAAAGAUACUUCAGUCCUAACAUGGCGUCCAGUAUUUUUCCCAACUCUUUAGGUAUGUUUAAAAAUGCAGUAGAAUUUGCCUUAAAAAAAGAUAAGUCGGUAAAGGUAGGUUAUGUCAUAGUUGAGAGAAUGGAUGGAUCAUUUAAAUCAUAAAUAAAUUGUAUAUUGUUUAUUGUAAUGAUAUUGCCUUUAAGUCAGACCCCACGUGUAUAAAUAAAAAUAUGAUAUAUUUUUGUGUUCAAAAAUAUGAAGGUCGGAGUAAAAUGGGAUCUCGCGGAGGAGCGGGAACCAUGGUCCCAUUUUAUUUUGACCAUCUAAACAUUGUGAAAUGUAAUUUUGUACUCAACUGAUGAAAGUAUAUUGAGAAUUUAGCUUUUUAUGAUAUAAACCACUUAAGCUUUUAGCAAAAAUGGCCAAUACAAAAUAUUCAUAUCCUACUUGUUUGUGACAACAUGAGAAGGCCUGACAUGUUAUAAUAAGAAAAGACCCCCGUGGGUUACGCUAAAAAAACGAGUCAUCAGUACGGUAUGUUAAAUAGUAAACGUAUUGAUUCUAGGCAAAAUUGACAAAAAAUAUUGAACAAAUCAACCUUUGCAUAAAUUGUCUAUCUACUCUAUCAUUUCAAAUAUCUGAACGAUAAGAACUUUUUCAUAUUUUGCCCAAUUCUUACUUCUUACGUUGAUUAUAAAAUAAAGCUUGUUAAACAUUUAGUUUCCCUUAAAAAGGUUUCAUUUGUAUUUUUUUUCUAGCGUUCCUUGCACAUACCAUUUAAUAUGGGCGAUGAACAUACCUUACAAACUCACUCGAGGCAUUCGACGUCUUCUUAAAUUGCUAUGCCUUCAAAUGCUUCUAGUGAUCAACAGAACGGGCAAAAUGUAAUACUAAUAAUAAAUUGUUAUUUUGAUGUGUUUGUGACUAUUGUAAUAUAUUUAAGGUCUUCGAAGUUAGUCGUUUGCUUUUUUGUUUGGAGACCUACGCCCGGAGAAGGCGUGAGAUCUUAUAAUGUGACUUAUGCCUUUUCUAAGGCGACUGCUGUACAUUCGUAACAUAAGCAUCGCUAUCUGUACUGUAUUGCUUAAGGUAUUGGUUAAUAAAAAAUAAAUAAAUAAAACAACUAUUUAAA